AUGGCUGAUCCAAGCGCCCUGCUGGGCCAUCACCAGCCGCCACAGCAGAACGGGUACCAGAACGGGAUCGAUCCAAGCGUUCUCCUGCUCGACCCAAACCCCCCGUCAUCUCGACUUGCUGCCUCUGAACCGCUCUCUGUCUCCAUGUCGGCCGCGUCGUCCUCCUCCGUUGCUUCACGACCGUCUCAGCCUCAACAGCGACCAGGUCAGCCGCAGCCGCCACCGUCUCUGGCAACUGGCUCCCAGCGAUUCAAGCGACCGUUUACCUUCUCUGAAGCUCUUCCAUAUUCACCAUUCUCAUCCAUAUCGCCUCUGGAAACAAGAGUCAUCCCCAUUCCGACGCUCGCCUCCAAGGCUGCAUCAACACCAUUGGCGCAACUUGUUUCGCAGCAGGAAUUCAACACCUUGAACAAGAACAUCUCAGGCUCUUCCAGUCCCCCAUCAGAUCGCAAUCUAGAUGACAUCUACCACCUCAUCGCGACCAGCAAAACUCCACUUUUCAAUUUCAAGCCCCUCCCUCAAACGACGACUCCUUCCAGCACUUCUGCAUCAUCCCCGACCACUCCUGGCCCUGCAGAAAAUCUUCUGCCUAUUUCGAAAAUGGUAUUCAACAAAGCGGACAUACCGUUCCGCUAUCCCAGCCCCGAGUCUCCGGGAGAUCAUACUGUAAUCGGCAAUGUCGACACAACGCCAAAGUCGGACUCGAUACAUGCAGCCUUGACGAAACCACCCCCCAAGUCAAAGCCCGCAGUUUCUACAGCUUUUGGAGAGAGUCCUUCUGAUGUCAGAUCCUCCGCCGCCGCUAUGCACAAUGUGCAGUCUCACGCUCGCAACUCGACCAACUUUGUUAUUAGCAUACCCGCACACCCACAGUUGCCAGCAGCGAAGAUCAAGGCGCCUCAAAACCACAGCUUAGAAAGCUCUCUACCCGGGGCAAAUGGAAACCAGCCACUAGCGUCUGCUCCGAGCAAGUAUAUGCUUUCCGGGGACCAAGAACCACUGGCACGGCCAGAGACGAAUACCUCUGAUAUGGCAGCACCCAAGUCCAAACUGACGAUCGCCUUGGCGCCUGCACCGAAUUUCAACCCUCAGGAGUAUCAGAUGGUUGCGGACAUCCCGGAUGAUAAUGGCCAGGAAGACUUUGGCGAUUUAGACCAGCGACAGAGAGCAGACGCUGCUUUUCAAGAAAUGCAGCGUCUAUUUCAGAGCGUAUUUGAGGCAGAGGCCAACAUGACACAGCAGCCUUCCGCUGUGCCACUGAUCACAUGGACAAGCGAUGAGGAGCCGACGUUGACUGAUGCUGCUCUUAAAAAGGUCCAAGGCACCGUUCACAAAGCCAUCACUCUCGGCUGUUUUGCGGAUGUUCCUGUCGAGGAUCUCCUGCACAUGCAGAGGUUGUGUGACGGUGUCUUGAGGCAAGCCGAAACCCUCGAUCUCAAACUCAACAAUGAAGCUAGUGGAUCUGAGAUCGACGAAUGGGUCGCUCAGUUGCGUUAUGCAGAUACGGGGCUCAAAGCAGCUCGUUUGUCGUUGAAGAUAAUGUCCGGCGGACGAGAGGACAAACAACUCUACUCCGAGAAUGUUAUUCAGGCCUCUGUAGACUUGUUCAGAAAUGUCAUGGACAGCGUCAUUGUGCCUAUUGCCGAGUUGCGAAACUCUGGAUCGACCGAGGCUCGGUUCAAGCAGCUAACCCCAUGGAAGAAGGCAAUAUCUCCCAUCUUCACGGCUGCCCAGCGGCUUUUUUCUGGCAUGACCUCCUUGGUCUCUGUCAUUGAUCUGUCAGAGCUCGUUGUCAACUCGCUUGAAUUUUCAGCCUCGUCUCUCAUCUUUGUUGAAAACGCACAUACUGAGCGAGACUCGGUAUUAGGCGUUCAAGCUUUUGACGGCCUCCGUCUGGCUGCCAUGGAUAUGCUGUCCCAGAUUUUCAUCAAGAUUCCUGCCCAACGACGUGGUAUCUUUGACGACAUCCUAACGUCCCUCGAGAAGCUUCCCAUUGGAAAGCAGAGUGCCCGCCAGUUCAAGCUGGCAGACGGCAGGAGUAUACAGCCCGUGUCGGCGCUCAUCAUGAGGCUUAUCCAAGCUAGCACUGGCCGUGUGACCGAGAAAGCGAAGUCGACAUCACAGAUAAUGGAUGAAGAAAUGAAAAAUGAUGACGAUGACGACGAAGACACAGACCAUGCGUCGCCCGUACAUACCGCCACCAUUGGGUCUGAAGAGGAAGCCGCCUAUGAGCAUGAGCUUUCCGUCAAUGAGCUGGCACGCGUCGCUUCUGCCCUCAAUAGUACAGCGUACUAUCACGCCAAAUAUGUCAUCAAUUUCAUUGUUCAGCGAGCACAGACAUCUUCCAAGUCAGCCGAUACGCCGUACCGCAAUCUUCUCGAUCUCUUUGUUGAGGAUUUCACAACAUGUUUGGAAACACCUGACUGGCCUGCUGCCGAGCUUCUUCUUCGGCUGCUCAUGCUGUCAAUGUUCAAGUUGACCGAAGGCGACAAGAUCCCUGCUCCGGUCAAAAACAUGGCUUUGGAGGAAUUGGGCGCUAUAGGAGCUGUUCUCGCGCGGUUGCGCUCAACUGUCAAUAAGUCAGCCAACUCGCCCGAGACCACGGGCCCCGAAGAGCUAGACCACCUCUUGUCGAAUCUAUCGGCGGCGGCUCUCGCAGAAAUGCCACCAGCGGAAGAGUUUCUGUCCUGGACCGGACCUUUUAGAUCCACCCUGGAAUACCUCGGGGACAGGAGCUCUCAGGACCCUCAUCUGUGGAGUGCCAUAUCAUAUGUGGUAGCCGAUUGGUCGGGGCGCGUCUGCAGGCUGUACACAGCACGCUUACAAGCAGCCGCUGCCAUGGUGGUUACCGACGAAGAUGCGGACGGCAAGAGUUGUGGCAACCGCGUUCAAGAGAGACAGAACAGGGAAUUGGGGCGGAUCGCAUACCGGCUCCGUGUCAUGAUCGAGGAUGGGCGAGGCUUAUCCGGUACCCGCUGCUUCCGAGCGAUUUCUGCUUCUCAAGCCAAACUGUCUUACGCAAUUGUCACGCUGCGCUCGUCGCUUGGUGGAUCUUUCAAUGAUGUUAUCAACAUCUUGGCCAUGGGCAUGCGCAGCGAUCAGGCCACGGUCCGGAGCAAGAGUCUUCGAAGCAUCACGGAAGUGCUGGAAAUCGACCCUACCAUCUUCGACAAUCCGGCUUCGGUCAUUGGCAGGCUCAUCAGAGAGUGCUGUGCUGACUCGUCCGUUCAGGUGAGAGAUUCUGCACUCGGCCUCGUCAGUCGCGCCAUUACGCUGCGACCCAACCUGGAGGAGACCAUGAUCAAGACAAUCAUCGACAGAUUUAUAGACUCGGGCGUAGGUGUGAGAAAGCGUGCCAUCAAGGUAUCCCGGGAUGUGUACUUGCGCAACCAGUCCAGGGAAAUCCGGAGCGACAUAGCCAAUGGUCUACUUCACCGUAUCCAGGACCCCGACGAAGGUGUGCGGGAGUUGGCCCGACAGACCAUUGAGGAAGUUUGGGUCACUCCUUUCGCCGAGACACCGGCAUCGGUUGCAGGAGGACUGGACACUACCGCGAACAGGACGUCGUUGACAGACCAUGUCGGCUUGAUCCUGCAGACAGUCAGGACGGGAACUGUGACGCCUAUUUUGGACAAGGUUUUCCAGGCAAUUCUCUCACCCAAUGCCAAAGCCGCGGCCACAAAUUUUGGCGUCUGCAAACGCAUAGUGGCCAUCAUGUGCGACCUCAUCGACAAUCCUGACACCGACGACCCAUCAACACCAUCUGGACGCGACGCCCUGCAGCUGAUGAUGAUAUUUGCCAAAGCGGACCCGCGGCUGUUCACCUUUGAACAGAUUCGCCUUUUGAAGCCACAUAUCGCCAGCGUCAAGGAUAUCAAUACUGCCGACGACAUGGCUGUAGCCAGAGCAGUCGUGGUCAUCUACCAGCGUGUUCUCCCUCAAUUGCCCAGUGUUUUGAAGCCCUUCCUGGAAGAGGUUCGCGUUAGCCUGAUGCAGAGUGUGCCCAAAGUCAGCAGAACACUACUCGACGAUACUAUGGGCUGCCUUUGGGUGAUUAGCGUUCUGCUCAAGGAUCUGGAUGGCCUUGGUCGCAUUGUUGUGUCUGCUCUACAGGGCAUGCUGAAGGAACAGCUGCUAUCCGAAAAAGAUCCGCUGUUUGAGAAGAAGGCCAUCAGGUUCUCCCGGUACGCACUGAUCGUCGGCAUGGCUGGGAAGCACUGCGACCUAGAUAGUGGGAUGGAAAAGUUCAAGGCCCAGUUUCCAAAGUACGGUGUCACGUCCGUCUCCAAGCUAAUGGUGGACGUUCUCUGUCCAUUUUCGAUGCCCCCAUGGCCCCUGGCCAUCCGAAGGACGGCCUUGGAUGCCAUUGGUCUCAUUUGCCAGUCUUGGCCGCGCAAUUUCGUCUUGAAAAACAUAUGCACAGCUUUUCAAACCGCCUUUAGCCAGCACGAUCCCAGCUUGGAAGUCAAGAUCAUGCAGUCUCUGAAAGAGUUUCUGACGAAAGAAGAGCAAAGGUCAGAGACAGCUUCAGGUUCUGCAAAGGCAGCAAAUGGUGGCAGCGGAGAGAGCUCCAAAGCGGCCCGUACAGGAGAUGGGCCUGAUAAGAAGAGGCAACUGACAGUUAUGGGAGGCACAAACCACGAUGAUGUCGCCAGCGCGACGACCCAGAGGUUCCUCAGUGACAUCACGAGGAUUGCGUUGGGCUCUGUCAGCGAGGAAGCCUAUCUUGCUGCGGAGAUCCUUGGGAGCAUCAGCCGACAGGGUCUCGUCCACCCCAAAGAAACGGGUGUGACGAUGAUUACACUGGAGACAUCGACAAUGCCGAAGAUGGCCGAACUAGCUUUCCGGGAGCAUCGCGCACUACACAACAAGUACGAGACAGUUCUGGAGCGAGAGUACAUUAAGGCCCUUCUCACAGCAUAUCAGUUUCAGCGAGACGUGAUCCACGACGUUCGUGGAGCGACUGUAGAACCUUUCACGUCUAAGCUGCACCAUCUCAUGGAUGUGGUCAAGGACAGCAAGUCGAAGAACCGCAGCCGGCUCCUGGAGAAAAUGUGUGGGCAAGUGGACUUUGAGCCGGGGAAGUUGGACGUGUCCAAACCGAUGCCAAACCACCUCGAAUUUUCACGCUUCGUGGUGGAGAACCUAGCUUACUUCGAGUAUGUCACAGUGGGCGAGCUCCAGACAACUGUGGCAACGAUGGAGAGGCUGGUGCACACGACUGGAGUCUCGAUUUCCCAGGCCAUCGAGUCGGACAUUUUCGAGUCAGCCGAUGACCGAAAGAACGUGACGGCUCCGAUCGUUAUGAUUGGGAGUGGCGAAGAGCAUGUCGAACCGUCCGGCCUUCCUUUAGGCCCUGCUCUGCGACACCCUAUCAACGUCCUCCGUCUGCGACAGUUGGCCACGGGGUGCAUGGUUCUCCUCUGUGUAUGGGAAGCCCGGAGCUACCUAUGCCGCCAGUACGGACUCAAACGCGACAGCAACAAGGCCAAAGGGCAGUCUCGAGACUUGACGCGGGCUCCCAGCAAAGUGCAGGGCAUCACGGGUGAAAAGUUUUGGGACGAGACGAGUACAAUUAUGAAGGGUCUCGACUCGCAGGAGCUCAUGGUAGCACGCUGCAGCAGCUUGGUAGAGCUCCUGACGGUGGACUCGGAGUUCAAGCUGGAAGGCGAGGACAUGAACGAAGACCCGACAACGCCAACGGGAAUGGAAGACGACGACGAUCAAGACCGCGGCCGAAAGCGGAAGGCAGGUGGCAACACUCCUGGCGGGCGGAAGAAGCGGCAAAGGUCCAACUCGCAGCGGCGAAAGCGAGGCAGACCGCGGAAGAACGCUGAGGUUGGAGAUGAGGACGACGGUGAAUUUGAUGCAUUUUGA